AUGAUUGUUCAAAUAAAUAAAAGUUUAUUUAGAUAUAAACAGGAAUAUCAUCUAGAUAAACAACCAGUAAGAAAGAUUUGGGUAUUUGAACUAGUUGAUUGUUUAUUUUCUCCAGCAAAAAUCUCAUUACAUAUUGUUUCUAACAAUACUGCUAAGAUUUCACUACCAAUAAUAAAAAGAAUUUGUGUCUCAGAAAUAGUAAUCCACAAUGAUCAAUAG